UGAGCCAGACGCCUGUGGGUCCCUGGGGAGGUUUUAGGUCUUUGGGGCGGUGUUAGCGUUCCAGAGAACUGGUGGCACCUGGGUCUGGCAGGACAGGCUUUCCCAGUGGAGGACGCCGAGGCCGGAGAGUGUAGCGUUGUCUAACAAAAUGGUAGAGGAUGAGCUGGCACUGUUGGAUAAAAACAUAAAUGAGUUUUGGAAUAAAUUCAAAAGCAGUGUCAACGACACCUCCUGUCAGAUGGUGGGACUAAGAGAUACCUACAAGGACAUCAGUAAAGCAUUCACAGAAAAGCUGUCUGUGAAAUUGAAGGAAGAAGAGAGAAUGGUUCAGAUGUACCUAGAAUAUCAAAAUCAGAUCUGCAGGCAGAAUAAGCUUAUUCAAGAAAAAAAAGAUAACUUGUUAAAGUUGAUUGGUGAAGUAAAUGGCAAAAAGCAGGAUUUGGAAGUACUGACUACAAAUAUCCAGGAUCUUAAGGAAGAAUAUGCUAGGAAGAAGGAAACUAUUUCCACUGCUAAGAAAACGAGUGAAGAGAGGUUGCAAAGGUUACAGAAGUCUGUAGACAUAUUUAAAGAUCGACUUGGGCUAGAAAUUCGAAAAAUUUAUGGUGAUAAAUUGCAGUUUAUAUUCACUAAUAUUGACCCUAAGCAUCCUGACAGCCCAUAUAUGUUUUGCCUGCACCUAAACGAAGCAAGGGACUAUGAAGUGUCAGAUAGUGCUCCUCAUCUUGAAUGCCUAGCAGAAUUUCAAGAGAACCUAAGGAAGACCAAAAAUUUUUCAGCCUUUCUUGCCAAUGUUCGGAAAGCUUUCAGUGCUAUGGUUUAUAGUUAAUGUAUAAAUAGUACAUAAAAUAAAAGCUGUUUCUUUUUCUCCCCUA